GAUCUCCUCCCAGACCUGGACUAAAGCAUCCGCCAACUCCUGGACAGUCUGUGGCGCAACGUGGCGUUGGAUGGAGCGAGACAUGAUGUUCCAGAUGUGCUCAAUUGGAUUCAGGUCUGGGGAACGAGCGGGCCAGUCCAUAGCAUCAAUGCAUUCCUCUUGAAGGAACUGCUGACACUCCAGCCACAUGAGGUCUAGCAUUGUCUUGCAUUAGGAGGAACCCAGGGCCAACCGCACUAGCUCACCCUACCUCUUUCUCCUGUGUUUCACUCCACAGGUAGUAUUACCAUUUCAUUUUCAUUACAGUACAACGGUUUGAUUUGUUUGAUCUUAGCUAGCUACAUAGCCGUCUUUGUAUCAAACAUAAUUGUGUAGUAUUGAGGUUCGCUAGCCAGCUAUUUUCGUCCUAACGUAACGUAGUCAACCCUGCUAGCUAGCCAGCUAGCCACCGAAUAGCAGCACUGUAGAAACGAUUGCAUUACAACGGAACGACUUGAUUAGUGUAGUGUUAGCUAGCUACAUAGUUGUCUUUGCUAUCUUUGUAUCUAAGAUAAUUGUGUAGUUUUGAGUAAUUAUCGGUUAGCUAGCCAGCUAUUUUCGUCCGCCGCGCUGCCGUUCUCCUACCUAGUCAACACUGCUAGGUAACACUGCUAGCUAGCCAACUUCUACCGAAUAGCAGCACUGUAGAAACUUACAUUACAACGGAACGACUUGAUUAGCGUAGUGUUAGCUAGCUACAUAGUUGUCUUUGCUGUCCUUGUAUCCAAGAUAAUUGUGUAGUUUAGAGAAAUUUAGAGAAAUUGUCGAGGUUACCUAGCCAGCUACACUUUCAACAACGCAGCCACUCCUAGCCAGCCUACUUCACCAGCCAGCAGUACUAUAUCAUUUUAGUCAAUAAGAUUUUUUUAUUUAUAUUUUUGCAACGUAAGCUUAACUUUCUGAACAUUCGAGACGUGUAGUCCACUUGUCAUUCUAAUCUCCUUUGCAUUAGCGUAGCCUCUUCUGUAGCCUGUCAACCAUGUGUCUGUCUAUCCCUGUUCUCUCCUCUCUGCACAGACCAUACAAACGCUUCACACCGCGUGGCCGCGGCCACCCUAACCUGGUGGUCCCAGCCCGCACGACCCACGUGGAGUUCCAGGUCUCCGGUAGCCUCUGGAACUGCCGAUCUGCGGCCAACAAGGCAGAGCUCAUCUCAGCCUAUGCUUCCCUCCAGUCCCUCGACUUCUUGGCACUGACGGAAACAUGGCUCACCACAGAUAACACUGCUACUCCUACUGCUCUCCCUUCGUCUGCCCACGUGUUCUCGCACACCCCGAGAGCUUCUGGUCAGCGGGGUGGUGGCACCGGGAUCCUCAUCUCUCCCAAGUGGUCAUUCUCUCUUUCUCCCCUUACCCAUCUGUCUAUCGCCUCCUUUGAAUUCCAUGCUGUCACAGUUACCAGCCCUUUCAAGCUUAACAUCCUUAUCAUUUAUCGCCCUCCAGGUUCCCUCGGAGAGUUCAUCAAUGAGCUUGAUGCCUUGAUAAGCUCCUUUCCUGAGGACGGCUCACCUCUCACAGUUCUGGACCAUUUCCGGAGACCUUCUCCCUUACCUCACCUCCCUCAUCAACUCAUCCUUGACCGCUGGCUACGUCCCUUCCGUCUUCAAGAGAGCGAGAGUUGCACCCCUUCUGAAAAAACCUACACUCGAUCCCGCCGAUGUCAACAACUACAGACCAGUAUCCCUUCUUUCUUUUCUCUCCAAAACUCUUGAACGUGCCGUCCUUGGCCAGCUCUCCUGCUAUCUCUCUCAGAAUGACCUUCUUGAUCCAAAUCAGUCAGGUUUCAAGACUAGUCACUCAACUGAGACUGCUCUUCUCUGUAUCACGGAGGCGCUCCGCACUGCAAAAGCUAACUCUCUCUCCUCUGCUCUCAUCCUUCUAGACCUAUCGGCUGCCUUCAAUACAGUGAACCAUCAGAUCCUCCUCUCCACCCUCUCCGAGUUGGGCAUCUCCGGCGCGGCCCACGCUUGGAUUGCGUCCUACCUGACAGGUCGCUCCUACCAGGUGGCGUGGCGAGAAUCUGUCUCCUCACCACGCGCUCUCACCACUGGUGUCCCCCAGGGCUCUGUUCUAGGCCCUCUCCUAUUCUCGCUAUACACCAAGUCACUUGGCUCUGUCAUAACCUCACAUGGUCUCUCCUAUCAUUGCUAUGCAGACGACACACAA